AUGACUCGCGUAAAUGCCCAUGAUUCGACUGUCAGCUUUACGGACUUCUCGGAACGCAACACGCUGCGCCCAGCUCAAACGGCAAGGUCGCGCACCGAUGUCAGCAGAUCAUUGCGGUCCCUUCGCAAAUUUGCUGUGCAUUUUUACACUCAGACGGUUGUGAACCUUGUUGACGAUGCGAUCAGCUUUAUCGACUCUUACCAAGGCCUGUUCGACUCCGACAGUGUCGGCUGGAAGCUUAUGGCGUUCUGGAUCACGAGCAAGUUUAGCAAGUUUUGGAGUAUGAUUGUCUCGCGCGACGUUGACGCGGCCCGGACUGCCGUGCUAUCUGCACUACCGCGUCAAGGUGACAAGCGCCUGUGUAUGAAGGCAAUCUCGGUCGUCGGCUGCCCCGGCGACGGGAAUGGGAACUGCUUUGACAGCAAGCGCGCGCACUUUCAACCCAACUCCUUCCUGAAAUCGUGA